GUGGCCAUGUGGUGUGACCCAGGACAAAGAACAGUUGGACAAAGAUCAUUAGCUGCUAAGUUUAAAGUCCUUUUAUAAAACCUGUAUGAAUAAAUAAUUAGCAGUUAACCCAUCUGCUCGCAUAUAGAAGUUACUGAUUAAGAACUGAGCAUUUCAACAGAAGAAAGAAUCUGACAGCGAACCGAAGACCUUCAUUUUGAAAGUUAUUCUUUUCUGGCUAGGCCAGUUGUCAAUCAGGAGAAUGGAUGAAAAUAGCCUUUGUCUUCAUGUUCAAUUUGAAGAGCAGGCAAAAAGGACGCCUGACCAAAUUGCAGUUGUGUCUCAUAGUGGACAGGAAAUGACAUAUAAAGAUCUUAAGGAAGCUACAGAUACUCUUGCUGAAAAUCUAAAACAUAAAGGCUGUACAAAAGAUUCUGUUAUUGGAAUUUAUAUGGAAAGAUCAAUUGAGUUUGUCAUAGCUUAUGUGUCCAUCCUGAAGGCGGGAGGUGGCUAUUUGCCCAUAGAGUUAUCAUACCCAAAGCCACUUCUUCAAUCUGUGAUUGAUGACUCAACACCUGUCGCAAUCAUAACAACACCAGAGCACAAAGAAUGGUUAGAAACUGAUGCCCCAGUUAUUGUCAUCAAAGAAGGAUGGAAAGAGAAGCUGACAGAUGAGAAUAAAUCAUAUGAUAAAGAUAUAUCAUUUGUUCAAUCUCAUCUAAAUGAUUUAGCAUACGUUGUGUACUCUUCAGGAACUACAGGAAAGCCAAAAGGUAUUAUGUGUCCACAUAGAGGUGCUGUAUUUUCAUAUGCUUGGAGACAUAAACAUUAUCCAUAUGAAGAGAAUGAGAGAAUUGCUUGUAAUGUAUUUUUUACAUGGGAGCUGAUGCGACCACUCUUGAAAGGUGCCACACUCUAUGUCAUUCCAGACUCAGUCAUCUAUGAUCCCGUUUUGCUUUUGAAGUUUUUGAAAGAAAAUAAGAUUACAAGGGUGCUAUUUACACCAUCUUUACUCGAGACAUUGCUUGAUACCAAAGAUGCUAACAUCACUGAAUGUCUUGAAACAAUGAAGGUUGUGGUACUAUGUGGAGAGGUGGUUACGAUGGCAUUGAGAGAUCGUUUUGUUAAACUUCUUCCUAAUGUCAAGUUGAUAAAUUUGUACAGUAUCUCUGAGUGCCAUGAUGUCGCAGUGUCAGAUCUGUCAGCAGGGGAACUUGAAAAGUAUUCUUCAAUGAAAGAUGGCAAAAGGAGAAAAUUUUGUCCUGUUGGAAAAGUCUUUGAUGGUGUUAAAGUUAUUAUUUUUGAUGAACACAUGAGGCAGAUGCCAAUUGGUAUGCCAGGAGAGAUAUACGUUGGUGGCCCAACCCUUGCACGUGGAUACCUGAAACGACCAGAUCUUACAGCAGCUCGUUUCAUAAUAACUCCAGAAGAGCUUUCUGCUGACGCUGGGUCUACUUUGUAUCGUACUGGAGACUGGGGCUACAUGCUGUCGUCAGGAGAGCUAGAGAUUUGUGGAAGAUGUGAUUCCAUGGUUAAAAUAAGAGGCUAUAGCAUCGAAUUACAGGCUGUUGAAGCAGCCCUCAUGGAUUUGCCGUUGGUAAAUGCUUGCACUGUACUUGCCCAUGGUGAAGAGGGCACUGACAAGUACCUCGUGGCUUAUAUUGUACCUAAUGGACAGGCUUCAAAAAAAGACAUCCGUGCAGCUUUGAAAGCAAGAUUACCUUUCCAUAUGAUCCCGUCUUAUUUUGUUUUGUUGACAAGCGUGCCAAUUUCUGCUGCUGGUAAACUGGAUAAGAAGGUUCUCCCAGCAUUUGAUCGGAUUAAGGAGCAAGAAGAAAGUGACGAAACUGCACCAGCCACCGAAACUGAGAGGAGAAUUAGUGAGAUUUGGAAAAAAGUUCUUCAGUUAAAGUCACUGGAUAUUCAAGAGAACUUUUUUGAUCUGGGAGGGCACUCACUGUUGGCUGCUCGCAUGCUGUCUCAUGUCAAGGAGGAGAUGUCAGUGGAAAUUACAAUGUCUCAGCUAUUUAAGCACAAUACAGUAGCUGAUUUCAGUGGUCUUGUUGAUCAGUAUUCUGGUAAAGGUGAUUCGAACAGGACAAUUGUGGAGGACAAGCUUAAUUUGGCUGAUGAAGUCGAAAAUCACGACCAAAGUUUUAUAAAUAUGGACAUUAUGCUACGGGCAUUUUGGCGUUCUUGUCAGUAUGAACAUAGAUGGGAAAAUGGCAGGGUUCUCUUGACUGGAGCAACAGGAUACCUUGGUGCUUUCAUUUUGAAGGAUCUGCUUGAAAACACAAGGGUUCAUAUAUAUUGCCUAGUAAGAGACCUGCCAGAUGCCCCAGUUGAAAACAGGCUGAUUAAUAAUCUUCAAAAAUAUGGGAUAUUGUCUUCAAGCCCUGAAAAACAGAGUGAUGAACAAAAGCGCCUUGCACAACUGUUUCAGAAACGAGUCACAGCUGUUAAAGCCGAUGUCAGUUUGAUCAAUUUUGGUCUUUCGGAGGAAGAUUAUGCUCAUUUUGCAGUCGAGAUUGACUUUGUUAUCCAUGCUGCUGCUGCUGUCAAUCUUAUUUAUCCAUAUAAGGCGCUCCACGGGCCAAAUGUUCUUGGAACCCAAAAUAUUCUAAUGUUUGCCUGCACGAGUAAGAUCAAACCAGUUCAUUAUAUCAGCACAAAUGCCGUUUUUCCGUCAAAGUUGAAAGACUGCGCUGAAGAGGAAGAUAUGACAAAGUUUCACCAAGAUCUUGCUGACGGAUACUCUCAGACAAAAUGGGUGGCAGAGCAGCUGAUUUCAAGGGCUGGUAGGCGUGGUUUACCUGUUGCUAUUUACAGACUGGGAAAUCUUUCUGGAGAAUCGAAAAAUGCAUACUGGAAUCCAGCUGAUUUCAACUUCUUAAUGCUUGUUGGCUGCUUGGCUGUUGGGAAGGCUCCUAAUGUUGACUGGCUGAUAGAAAUGACACCAGUUGAUUUUGUCAGCAAAGCUAUUGUCAAGCUUACGCAGAAAAUAUCGUGGUCAUUGGGAAAGGUCUUUCAUAUUAUCAAUGCAAAUCCUAUCGAUUCCAAAUUGCUGUUGGAAUGGAUUUCAACGCAUGGUUAUCCACUGAAAAUUUUACCAUUUGAGGAAUGGAAGCAAAGCGUCAAAAGCUACAAUGUAAAGAACAAAGCCAGCUCUGUUGGUUUGUUAUCACAGAUCAUAGAUUCAAUGACUGAGAAUGAAAAAUUCUUCGCAAACCUGAGCACUUAUAAAAACGAACGGUUCAUCAAGGUUUUAGAAACACUGGAGAUGACAUAUCCAACCACAACAUUGACCACGAUGAGGCAUUACAUGAGGUGCCUUGCUGAGAGAAAUGUGAUACCGCUGCCAAAAAAACAACAGAUUGAACCAAAGCGUCUUACUGGAAAAGUAGCUAUAGUAACUGGAGCCUCGAGUGGAAUUGGUGCUGCUAUAGCACGAAAGUUAGCUGACUUGGGGGCCUCGGUAGCCAUGGCAGCUAGGCGACUGGACCGAUUGGAAGAAGUUCGCAAUGAAAUAGUUCAAGAUGGAAACGUGGCAAUUGCAGUGAAAGCAGACGUGGUUAACAGCAAACACAUGUUAGAUGUCGUGGCACAGACAGAACAAACCCUUGGCCCCGUUGAUAUUGUGGUUUGUUGUGCUGGGGUGAUGUAUUACACUAUGAUGAAGAACUUUCACGUUGAAGAAUGGGAGAGAACAGUCGAUGUGAACUGCAAGGGUAUACUCAACACUGUUGCUGCAGUUCUGCCCGGUAUGCUACAGCGAGAAUCCGGACACGUUGUAAAUAUAUCCUCAGAUGCAGGAAGAAAAGUUUUUCCUGGUCUCUCUGUCUACUCAGCCAGCAAAUUUUUCGUAGAAGCUUUUUCUCAAGGCCUUCGUCUCGAGACCGCGGAUUCUGGAAUUAAAGUAACAACAAUCCAACCAGGUGAUGUGCGCACAGAGCUUAUUCAUCAUACAACUGACGCGGAGGCAAAAAGUGAAUACGACAUGAGCGAUAAAACUCCAAAGAUAUUAGAACCGGAAGACAUAGCUAAUGCUGUUGUAUUUGCCAUCACUCAGCCGGAGUAUUGCGCAAUCAACGAAAUUCUCGUCGAGCCAAGACAAGCACCUACCUAAAGUGAAUGACAUUUACAGCAAGGGUUCAGAUGGGGUAUGUAAUCAGAAAUAUAAAUUGGUAUUUGGAUUUAUAAUUGUAGAUAGAAAGUCGAAGACAUGUAAUGUCAAAGUAAUUGUUAUGGAUGAACCGUAAUUUCAAUUUACGAUCCUGUAGAUCAUUUCGUGUCUGAUACAGCCCUUAGUGUUAUGGUCAUCAAGAAACUAAAUCGACGACCAUCCCACAUGCCAUCCGCCUGAUGAAAUUCACCUCUUUCUUUUAACCAAUUUAUUUAUUCAGGGCCCGUGCCACUAACCCUAAACUUGAGGGGCCAUCAAUUGCCCCAAUUGUGGCAAUCAUUAAGCUGACGCUGCUUUACUUGUGGACAUUUGUUCAAUAUCUUUGUUGGUUUAUCUAUAUGAAUACUUUAACUUUUAGCCUUUUAUUUAUCGAAAAAAUGGGGAGGCCAUGGUCCCUUGCCCCCACCCUCGUAGCGUGGGCCCUGCUAUUGGCAUUGUAGCUGCAUGUUAUCAAUAUAUACAAACUACUCUAUCGUAGACGUACGUUUGAUGAUGGCAUCAUUCAGAUCACAUUAAUUUGCUGACGGGUUUCGAGUUGCCUGGUUUUGUUGAUCUUUACCUAAAUGUUUCUUCAAAGCUUACUUUUAAUUCAGGGGCGUUGCGGCUCCUAGAGAAGGGCCGGGAGAAAAAAUGAUCACAAGGGGGCCCAUUCAUUUAUAUGAAAUCUCCAAUCACAAACCACAGGUCGCCAAAAAGGGCACCUGAAAACCAUGCACCUAUGAAAAAUAAAAAAGAUCAUCUUUAAAGAUUCGUUUGCUAUAUUUGUUGAAGUGUGUCCUCUUUUCUCCAGCCAUGGUCUCUUUAAGACUGCAAAAAUGUAGAACAAAUCCAAUGCUGUAGUGAACACCUGAUACAAACACAAACGUGACAAGGUAGUUUUGGCACUGCGAGCGAAGUGAGCAGAAAAAGUUUUUGAGGCCAUGCCCUUUAAAUAAGCUUGAAGUACAUUUCAGAAUGUUUUUUGCAGUCGUUUGCCAUUUUAGGCAUACCUUGUUGCGUUUCGUUAAAAUUCGGUUCCUAAAUUUGAAUUCCUUGCUUUAAGAGGCCCCUUGAACUCGAAGCCCUGGCGCAGUUUGCCCCUUCUUGUCCCCCUCUCGGGGGCCCUGUUCAUAUUCCACGCAUCUCUUCCACAGAAGUCCUGGGUUUUACAAACUCACUUGAAAGGGGCCCACCGGGAAAUUUCCCGGUGUCCUGCCUGGCCACAACGCCCCUGUUUUAAUUUAAAUGACAGUAUCCAGUAGAAUAUAUAUUGCAAAACUGAUAAUCAAUGCAACGGAUACGGCCUGUAGUGAAUACUUGUAAAUCGAUGCCGAAAUUAAUUUGCAACAUUAUCUGAAACCAUUGUUUUCAUGACCAUGAUUAUGAAGCUUUGUCAUUUUAA